AUGGCUUCCGCUCUCAACUCUGUGCCGGCCAACAACGCGUCUGGCAAUGCCAGCGCGGGUGCCCCCAACCCCGGUCGAUCCACUCUGAGAUCCAGUAACAGCACCAAGGGGUCCGACAACCGACGACAGUCGGGCAGCCCCGUCGAUGGCGGGCAACGGCGCACAAACUCCCACAAGGCCUGGACCCAAGGGACCAACCCCAUCACUCAACGAUCUUCAUACACUUCCUCGAACGGCAACAUGACCCACCAGAAACAGUCUGGGUCCCCAAGACCCAACCAAAAGGAGUCAAACACCCCUGACAACCAUGCUCAUGACCGCCUUGUCUUCUUAUUCGCCAGCUUCAUUGGCCUACACGCCACCAUUACCACCAAGACCGGAGAGAAGUUUACCGGUAUCUUCUCUUCCUCGACCAUGGAGCCCAACGAACUUUCGUUCCUGCUCAAGAUGGUCCAGCGAACCUCGGAAGAGGGCCAGCCCCGGGCAAACGGCAUCAGCGAUGUCGCGACUCCGUACAUAGGCCCCGCGCCUGAGCAUACCAUGUCGUUCGAUAUUAAGGAUGUCGUCGACAUUGCCGUUCCAAACGUUACCACAGCCGAAGUUUCAGCCAAGGAACCAAACGGUGCUUCCCAAGGUUUCAGGACCGACACUGAUAUCUCCGGAAAUUUGACCAUGCGAGAGCGCACCUUGCAGCGCUGGGAACCUGCCGAGACUGACAUUGAUAUGUCACUUGACACGAGCAACACUUCUGCAGGAUGGGACCAGUUUGAGGCAAACGAGCGUCUUUUCGGCGCCAAGACCAACUAUGAUGAGAACAUCUACACCACUCGCCUCGACCGUUCGGAUCCCAACUACAAACAGAAACAGGCGGAGGCAGCUCGGAUCGCCCGUGAGAUUGAAGGACAAGAUGUGGAUAACGCCCACAUGCGCGAGGAGCGUGGCCUUGUAGCACCGGAUACUGGCGACCAAGACGAAGAGGACAAGUACAGUGGUGUUCGCCGCGAAGACAAAGCCUUCCCUCCCUUGCUAUCCGGCCAGCCAAACAAGUACAUGCCCCCUGGACGCCGUCAGGCAGCUCCCCAGCCUGCUGCGACUCCCAGUGCACCUACCAAACAGCCUGUUCCUUCUCCAGUCCCCACCGCUCCUAUCCCCAUCCCCUCUCAGGGUGUGGCAAAGGAAGCUGCACCUUCAGACCAGCAAGCUGAGCUGGUCGCAUCGCUGCAACCCACAACAGAUACCGAGAAAAAGAGUGCCCUGGGCAAGAGUGUCACACCCGUGGUACCUACUACAUCCGCUGUACCCGCUGCAAAGCGGGCUGCACCUGAAAAUGCGACCGCAAACGUGGAGGUAGAGGUGCUGGAUCAUUUCCGUCAGUUCGCAAAUAGCGAGAAAAUCAAGAUGCAGGAGCGCCGUCGCAACCAGGCCUCAUAUGAUCGGACCAUGAAACUCAACGAGCUGAUGAAGUUUUCCAAGAGCUUUAAACUCUCGACUCCUGUGCCAAAGGACCUUGUCCCUAUCUUAGCUAAGGACCGGCUCAAGCAGGAAGCAAUCAUGCAACGAGCCCUGCAACAGGGUGACGACAAGACUACGGCGAAGCUUACCACACCUCCCACAGAACAACAGCCACCUGCUCGUGGUGCUGGACCUACUGGAGCUGUGCCACCAUCUGCACCCGCUGAUCGUCAAAAUUACAACCGCACUCGUCAGGGCUAUCCUCCCACUGGGCCGCUCGCUGGCGCUGGUGGAAGAUUCCCUCAGCAAGUCGUUCCACCGGGACGUCCUGGUGUUGGUAUGCUCAGUCAUCGACUAGCGGACAAUCUGCAGCAACGAAAGGGCGCGGGAAUGGGACCUGUUCCAACUCCUCUUCCCAUUCAAGAUGCCCGUGGACCCCCGACUGGUCCCGCCAGCGACCAGCAGAGAAUUACCAGCCCCGUCAAGUCGCAGGCUGGGUCUUCCGCGGCAACUAAGUUCAAUGUCAAAGCUAUGGAAUUCAAGCCAAACCCCGCAGCGAGCACGUUUACGCCUGGUACUUCGGCAGCUGCUGCAAGCCCACGACCUUUCUCUCGUAACCGCUCUGUGUCACGUGCCACAACGCCGACUGCAUUCUUUGGCCCAAGGAAGCCACUGCCUGUCUCUGAACGCCCCUCGAUCAGUGACCAGUUUAAUCCCAUCAAGCGCAUGAAGAAAGAAAAUGCAGAGUCCGCUGAAAGGUUGAUUACGUUGAAUGGAGGUAUCCCACCCCCUUACAAGACUUUGCCAACUUGGGACACUGCGGAUGGCAGCGAAGAUAAGACAUACGAUCAGAUGUUCAAACAGCCUGUCGGCGUGCCGACAGUAUCACCCCAGGGUCGCUCCGUAUCCAACAACACCAACAUUCCCCAGCAGCAUCAAGUUCCCUUCCACUUCCAGCAAGGUAACCCAGCUAUGCCGCCAUCUUCUGGUCCUUCGAAUGGACCUCAUGGCCUUCACUCUCAGGGUCCCCAUGGCCCCUCUCAUGUAGAUGAUCAUCACCGCAUGCAGUUGUCCGCGUCGAACUCCCAGGUUUUCCCGUCCCCACGGAUGCAACAUGGCUACCCGUCCCCUAUGGCUCCCCAUGCUCAGCUUUCCUUCCCACAACCAGUCCCGCAAUUUUACGGUGGCCCCCAACCAGGCCACAUGAGACCUUUCCAAGGUGGCGGUCCUCAAUUUGUGAAUGGAGCUCCUAUGAUGGUGCAGCAGGCCUCGAAUGGACCCUACAUGGGAGUCCCACAAGGCAUGACUCCGUAUAACGGACAGAUGCCCAUGUAUUCCCCAAACCCAGGCCAUGUCUAUCCCCAACAUACACCUCAGCCGCAUAGUGGGUACCCAAGCCCGAGCCGUGGUGCGCCGAUGAUGAUGCACCAGAACUCGCAAUCUGGACAGCCUCCUCAAUCAAUAAUGUUUAUGCCUGGCCAACCCGGAUAUCCUCAGCAGUCGGGACAUAUGCCUCCCAACCGUGGCAACUACCCACAGCAGCCUCACUUUUCCUCAAGUCCUCAUCAAUCGCAUCAUUUCCCACCUAACCAGCAUCGGACACCCAGUAACGGCUUCAACCAAAUGCCCCAAAUGCCACCCCAGAUGUCUGCUAAUACCCCAGCAACAACCCCUGGAGCUUCCCACCCGGCUGAGGCAACGGAUGAAGGAAAAUGA